AAAUUUUACAACCAUAAUGCUGUUUGUACGCGUAUCAGUGAGUUGAUGUGUGGAUUAAAUUAUCGAUAUUUCUUUGAAAAAUGUUUAGUUGUAGAACAUGAAAGUCGUUACAUACGUACUAUUUGCUGUAGCUGUUAGUACUGAAGAGAGUUUUAAAUAUGAACAAAAACAUAAUUAUGGAUUAGGUAGACCAGUUAUAUUAAAUUACCGAAGAAUGUUCAAAGGUUAUCCAUAUCCUCAGCCCUUGCCAUCUUCCACAAGUUAUUACGUACGAUCUCCAUACAGAAAUCUAUACCAGGGUAAAAGAGGGAAACACGAUAAACGAGUCUAUGGCAAGAAGUUCAAAUAUGCCUCAACACGAACAGGCCAUCGCAUGUCUUGUGAAGGAAUCUUUGAAUGUGUUAUAUCGCACUUAGCUAUAGAGACAAAUGGAAACACUCCAAUUGUACUAAGAGGUGGCGUCGGAUACAGGCACUUCACUGUGGUUAUCAAAGCGCAGCCUGGAGACGAGCUGAUUGCCAGAGUUAGGGCAUAUUGUCCAUCAGAUCUGCCGUGAUUAGAAACUAUGAUUUUCUUAAGUAUAGCU